GAAAACUUGUAAAAAAACGGAACGGAUAAAAAAUAUUAGUGGAACUAAUAGAAAAAUCAAAAAGAGCUCACAACUAAGAGAGCAAGUGAAGUGGGAAAAACUGAAGUGUAUUCGAAAUCAAAAAGACAUCCUGUGAAUUUUAAAUUUGUGUCGAACUUCCAAAAAAGGAAAAAAAGUUACAAUCAAUCCUUGAAAGUGUUAUUGAGACAAUUCGAGUUGAAAUCUUCCUCCCAUCAAAAAGGAAUUAAACGUGCCCAAGUGAAGUGAAGUGGUGCCAUACACGGUGCAUACCAAAUCGAAACUUCCAAAUAACCAAAAUAUGAUCAUCAUGGAUGCAAAAAAGAUUUUAUUAUUCGUGGCAAUAGUGGUGAUGAUGGCCACAAAUACCUAUGGCCAGACCAAACCCGGAUUGCGACGUAAACCUAAGAUCUAUAAUGCUCUUAUUACAACCGAUGAAAAUCUUGUACAAAGUAGAGCAUAUCCCGUGAUACAGCCCACAAUACAUGAAUCGGGGAUUGCUCACUAUGCACCAUUUGGGCCAUAUGGUCCAUAUACAGGUCUCUAUAAUCCCCACGUGGUUCGAUUUGGCCAACCCAUUGUACCCAAUUUAAUGCCCAAAGAACAGUUACCCUACCCCUUGCCAGUGCCACAAUUUCCCCCGCAAGUAAUGGCCCAACCAUUGGGUCCACAACCCCAACCAUAUCCCGGUUAUCCAUUACCACCCAAUGUGGCGCCAGCAGAAAGCAAACCAUCUGAAGCCCAGACCCCACCAACGGCGGCGGGUGCCGAAGAACCAGCGCCCACCGUACAGCCACCCACAAUGCUUAUGGCAGAAAAGGAUCCAAAACCCGAAGAUAAAAUGCCUUCCGAACAAUUACCCAUACCUUUAAAUCAAUAUGGUUUGCCACCUUCCCUUAUUCCCUUGAGGCAGCCAGCAUAUCCCCAACUUCCUGCAGCUGGACAAUCACCCUAUUUACCACCCUAUGCCUUCAAUCAAUUCCCACCACUCUAUUAUAAAAAUCCCGCCGUUUUAAGGCAACAAUUUUUACCACCCUAUGGAUAUUUGCCAACUGGUCCCCAAUUCCCAUUGAGCAAUGCAAUACCCAAAGAUGAUCCCUAUGCCCCACCAGCAGCAGCAGUACCAACUCCUGCACCCCAGGUGCCACCAACUCCACCAAAUGUUAUGCCAACACCAGCAGCACCCCAGCAACCGCCACCAAGUACAGAGGCUGCACCUCCUCUACCACCCACUCCAGCAGAAAAUCCCGAACCCGCACCGGCCGAUUUUGAAACAAUUAAAAAUGGUUCAAAAAGUGCCGACAGCAAUGUACCCGAUGUUCCACCACCUCCAAUACCAUCCGGUGCCAAAUCGAAACAAUCUUAAGUUUGUGUUUAUCUUCUUUUUUUGUAAUUAUUUAGGGAAAUUUCUUUGAUAAGUUAUUAUUUAUUUAUCUGUCUUUUUUUAUUAAACUAUUAACUCUCACUCGAAGUGGAAAGUGAUUUUCCAAAAAACAAAAAAAAAACAUUUUUUGUACUUAAGCAAAAAUUAGUUUAAGGAUCUAAGUUAUAUGCACUGCACUAACUACAUACAUACAGACAAAUAUAAACAAUUGAAAUUAGAUGCGGUUUUAAAUAAAUAAAGAAAAAAAUUAAAAUAAAA